AUGUCUUCAAACAACAAUAUGGUUUUUAACAAAAUUUUUGUGAUAUCAGGAUUAGUUCUCAAUAUUUCAAUAUUGGGCUGUGAAUCUCGAAAAAAUUAUGGUGAAAAUUUAAUACUAAAAGGAUCAGCUCCGCAUUUUACAAUAUCGCAUGAUAUUGGUGAAGCUUUGGGCAUCAUAUGUAAUGCUCUUCCUCUUAGCAGUGUGGCUGUAUUGAUACAACAAGAUAACUAUAGUUCACCUGGAUUACAACAGGAUAGGGCAUCAGAUUUAUUGCAAUCUAUGCAAAAAUAUGGUGUUCAGUUGAGAUUGUUUUACGAUCCAGAAAAGUUGUUGCAGUUCUUAAAAUCUCAAUUGGAGGUGUAUCAAGAAACAAAUACUUUAAUUGUUGGACGUUAUGACCCAUUAGAUUUUUUAAUACAGCUGAAUGAAGAUGGAUUAGCACACAGAUUAUUACUUUUUCUAUUUCACUGGGGAAGUCAUGAUAUACCAACACAUUUUCAUAAAUAUUUAAAAGAACCGUUUCGAGCAGUUAUCAUAAUAGAAACACUAAAACGAGUGUACAGAGUUUAUUAUAACCAGGCAACACCGCUAGGACAUGGCCAUUUACGUCUGGUCAAUUGGUAUCGUCCUAAGGACUUGACAUUGUAUAGAGCUCCUUUGCUGCCACCGUUAAAUGAAGUUUAUAAGAAAUUGAAAGGACGAGUAUUCUACAUCCCUGUCGUACACUCUCCUCCCUGGCACUUUGUCUCAUAUGCCAACAUAACUGACAAUACAACAACACUGGAAGUCAUAGGAGGGCGUGACGACACCCUGCUGAGAAUACUAGCAGACAAGCUACAUUUUCAAUAUGAAUAUGUUGAUCCACCAGAAAGGAUUCAAGGAUCCUCUUCUACUGACGGAAAUUUCACCUAUAACGGCGCAAUUGGACUUCUGCAACGUCGGGAAGCCGAUUUGUACUUAGGAGAUGUAGGAGUAACUUGGGAAAGAGCUAAAGUAGUCGAUUUUUCAUUUUUUACACUAGCUGAUAGUGGUGCUUUUGUCACCCAUAGCCCUCAUAGACUGAGUGAUACUUUGGUCCUUCUUAGACCCUUUCGGAUGGAGGUGUGGCCUCCUUUAGCCAUAACAGUUGCUCUAUCUGGACCAGCUUUAUUUGCUGUUAUAGCGGCGCCUUUGAUUUUACGGAAGAGACCGCGUCCACCAGAUCUAAUGAUGCGAUGCAUUUGGUUCAGUGCAACAAUUUUUCUUCGACAAACUUCGAAUGAAUUGGAUAAUGGAACCAGAACUCGAAUGUUGUCUCUGGUACUUUGGUUGUCAGCUACCUAUGUUUUAGGCGACGUGUAUUCAGCACAGUUGACUUCUCAAUUAGCAAGACCAGCUACAGAAGUUCCGAUAAACACUUUAGUUAGGUUGGAACGAGCUGUUGUUGAACGUGGAUAUCACAUCUAUGCAGAAAAAGAGAGUGUGGCGCUUGGUGUUUUGCAAAAUGGCACUGGUGUAUUCCACAAACUUUAUGAAUACAUGAUACGCCAGCCAGAACAUUUAGUCGAUUCUGUAGAAGAUGGCGUGUUAGGAGUUGUGCAAGGAACUAAUGUUGUUAUGGGGGGAAGAGAAACUUUAUAUUUCAAUAUAAGGAAAUUUGGCCCUCAAGAUUUUCAACUUAGUGAAAAACUUUACACACGCUAUUCAGCAGUCGCGGUGCAGCAGGGUAGUCCAUAUUUAGAAAGUUUGAAUAUAGCUUUAAUGCGAUUGUUCGAAGCUGGAAUAUUAGAAAAAAUAACCAGUUUAGAAUACGAACGUAUGUUUAACGUUCAUGAACACGCGGCUGCAGAAGAAGCGAUUGAAGACUCUGGAAAUGAACCUGCAGCAGGUAAACCAGCAAGUGGAAGCUCUGCUCCGGCUGACGACGACACCAAUGCCGGAAAGGGAAAGCCCAAUGCUGGCGGUUCCAGUGAACACAAGGCUUUACAAGCAAUCAGCUUAAGAAUGGUACAAGGAGCAUUUCUAGUUCUCGCUUGCGGUUAUGCAGCAGCCGGUAUUAAAAUGAUCAUUUUCGAAAUAUUUUAA